UCGAACUCAAAGAGAUCCACCUGCCUCUGCCUCCGGAGUGCUGGGAUUAAAGGCAUGCACCACCAACGCCCGGCAGAAACUUUAACCUUUAAUGGCCUGCAGUUAUGGCAUAUGAGUGCACUAUAAUUUAUCUUUCAGUUUAGUAUCUAUAUGUACAUUUACUUUGUUUUUAAUUCUUUAAUGAUAUAAAUGAUGCGUUAAAGAAUAACACAUUGAUCUUGUUACAUGUGGGCUGGGGAUGUGACUUAGUAGUAGAACAUUUGCCUGACAUAUGCAAAAAAUCUGGGAUCCCCAACAGUAGAGACAACAAUAUCAACAAGGAUGAGAACGGUUGGAUUUUGCCUCAUGUGUGAGGUUCUGGAGUGUGGGGUUUGUGAAGAUGUCUUCUCGUUGCAAGGGGAUAAAGUUCCUCGCCUCCUCCUUUGUGGUCACACAGUCUGUCAUGACUGUCUCACUCGCUUGCCUCUGCAUGGAAGAGCAAUACGUUGCCCAUUUGAUCGACAAGUAACAGACCUAGGAGACUCAGGUGUCUGGGGAUUGAAGAAAAACUUUGCUUUACUGGAGCUGCUAGAGCGUUUGCAGAAUGGACAUAUUGGUCAGUAUGGAGCUGCCGAGGAAGCCAUUGGGAUAUCUGGAGAGAGCAUCAUCCGCUGUGAUGAAGAUGAAGCUCACGUUGCAUCGGUAUAUUGCACUGUGUGUGCAACUCACUUGUGCUCAGAGUGUUCUCAAGUUACUCAUUCUACAAAGACAUUAGCAAAGCAUAGGCGAGUGCCUCUAGCUGAUAAACCUCAUGAGAAAACCAUGUGCUCCCAGCACCAGGUGCAUGCCAUUGAGUUUGUUUGCUUGGAAGAAGGUUGUCAAACUAGCCCACUCAUGUGCUGUGUCUGCAAAGAAUAUGGAAAGCACCAAGGUCACAAGCAUUCAGUACUGGAACCAGAAGCUAACCAGAUCCGAGCAUCAAUUUUAGAUAUGGCUCACUGCAUACGGACCUUCACUGAAGAAAUCUCAGAUUAUUCCAGAAAAUUAGUUGGAAUUGUUCAGCACAUUGAAGGAGGAGAACAAAUAGUGGAAGAUGGACUUGGAAUGGCUCACACAGAACAUGUCCCAGGUACUGCAGAGAAUGCCCGAUCAUGUGUCCGAGCUUAUUUUUCUGAUUUACAUGAAACUCUUUGUCGUCAAGAAGAAAUGGCUCUAAGUGUUGUUGAUGCUCAUGUUCGAGAAAAACUGAUUUGGCUCAGGCAGCAACAAGAGGAUAUGACCAUUCUCUUGUCCCAGGUUUCAACAGCCUGUCUCCAUUGUGAAAAGACUUUGCAGCAGGAUGAUUGCAGAGUUGUCUUGGCAAAACAAGAAAUUACAAGAUUAUUAGAAACACUGCAGAAACAGCAGCAGCAGUUUACAGAGGUUGCAGAUCACAUUCAGUUGGAUGCCAGUAUCCCAGUCACUUUUACAAAGGACAACAGAGUUCAUAUUGGACCCAAAAUGGAAAUCCGAGUAGUUACAUUAGGAUUAGAUGGUGCUGGGAAAACUACUAUUUUAUUCAAGUUAAAACAAGAUGAGUUUAUGCAGCCUAUUCCUACAAUUGGUUUUAAUGUGGAAACUGUGGAAUACAAAAAUCUAAAAUUUACCAUUUGGGAUGUGGGUGGAAAGCACAAAUUAAGACCAUUGUGGAAACAUUAUUACCUCAAUACACAAGCUGUUGUAUUUGUUGUUGAUAGCAGUCAUAGAGACAGAAUCAGUGAAGCACACAGCGAACUUGCAAAGUUGUUAACGGAAAAAGAACUCCGAGAUGCCUUGCUUCUGAUUUUUGCUAACAAACAGGAUGUUGCUGGAGCCCUAUCAGUAGAAGAAAUCACUGAACUUCUCAGUCUCCAUAAACUAUGCUGUGGUAGGAGCUGGUAUAUUCAGGGUUGUGAUGCUCGAAGUGGUAUGGGGCUCUACGAAGGGUUGGACUGGCUGUCCCGGCAACUUGUGGCUGCUGGAGUGUUGGAUGUUGCUUGAUUCUAAUGCAGCAGUUGUUUCAAGCUUAUGGUUAAAAGUUUGCAUGUAAUGUAUCCUAAGAAAUCUUACAUCUCAAAUAUGAUAGUUAAUAUAGGAUGUGUAUAUAUAAGAAUUCUGGACUGAGAACUAAGUAUGCCAUUGCUUUUUAAAAUUAUUCUGUGGCAGUUUUAAAUGAGCAUAUUACGUUGGUUAAAUAGAAAUUUCUUGGAUAUAGACUUUUAAAAGGUACAUUAGGUACUGGAGACUUUCAGUUUAUAGAUGACCUGUAUAUUAGGGAGGAGUAGUCAUAGAGAACAGGUAAGAGAAGGUUCUUUAUUUCAAGUGAAAAAAAAAAAAAAAAAAAAAAACAGCCAGUGGUGUGCCUAACAGAUCCUAGGGAAGUACAGCUUCUUUACCCGCCUUUUUACUCAGUUUUGGCAGUAGAUAUGGCAGUUGUGUACUGGAAUUGAAGCUGUAUUGGGUAUAACAGUAUCAUUAAUGCUGGGGAGUAUAAACUAGAGAAAAUCAGUGUUUUCUACAGUUUUAUUAGAACUCUCUCCUAAAGCAUUUUGCAUAGCGCACAAAGAGAAUAAUAUCUAAGUGGACCUGAUCAUUAGAGCACUUCUAAACUAAGAACAAUAAAACUGUGAAAGUUGUUUGAUCUUCACUAACAAGAACCAUUUCCAGGAUUGGGCCUAGGUUUAUUUCCUAGGACAGGGUCCUAAAUUGGUCCUUUAGUUCAAGCAUUUACUUAGGCUAAGUAAUAUUGCAUCCUUUGUUGGUAAAGUGUCCUAAGUGGCCUUUAUAUGAACACAUAGAGACCUAAAUAGAAAACUACCUACCCCUUAGGGAAAGUUAUUCAAACAGUAGGGAAUGCUAAUUUCUUUAACAAGGUUCCCAAGCUAAGUGCAUUCACAUGAUAAUAAAAAGGGUCAAGGCUCUUGAGGACGGUCUCAGUUAAGAAGAACAUGUCUAUAGAAAAAGAAACAUUUAUAAAAGUUUACAUUUAUUAUGGCAGUAUUGUGAAUAAAAGUUAAAUUCUGCAUUCUUUAUGGUUUCUUAUUUGUAAAGGGUACUCUCAUUAUGGAAGCAUGAUUUCUUGAAUUUGUUAAAUAGCAAGAUUUCUUGUUUUUAAUGCUCUUCUUACUUUAGGAUGAAGCUGAUUUUUAAACCGUAGUGCAGUUGUUACAAGGACAGUGAUGUAAUUUUUAGGUGGCACUGUUCUGAUUCAGUUUUUUCAAAUGUACUUUUUUUUUUUUGUAAACCUUUUAGAAAACAGCAUUAGAAAAAGCCCAUCACAUAUGUAAAUAAAAAUAUAAUAUUUUGUCCUUGGUUUUUUAAGAAAGUAACUGGUCAUGCUGUUACAAGUAGUUUAUGUGCACAUGUAAUACUUUGUAAUUAAAUUAUUUAAUAUUUGACUGAUUUUAGUAACUGUGAAAAAUAAAAAUACUGCAUUGCUUGUGA